AUGGCUCGCCUAGGCCUACUCCUCCUCGCUGCCGCCGCAGCGGCGUUCCUGGCCGUCGCGGCCGCGUCGCCGGUGGCCAGCGACUUCAUCCGCAGGUCGUGCCGCGCGACGCAGUACCCGUCGGUGUGCGAGCAGAGCCUGGCGUCGUACGGGGGCUCCCCGCCUCCGCGGAGCCCGCGGGAGCUGGCGCGCGCCGCGCUGUCGGUGAGCGCGGACCGCGCGCGCGCCGCGUCCGCGUAUGUGGGCCGCCUGUGCGGUGGAUCCGGCGCCGGCGCGAAGGGCGCGAAGAAGGGGUCUGGGUCGCGGCCGGCGGCGGCGGCGGGCCCCGUGCGCGACUGCCUGGAGAACCUGGCGGACAGCGUGGGCCACCUCCGAGACGCGGCGCAGGAGAUGGGCGGCGCCGGGAUGUCCCGCUCCGGGACGCCCGCGUUCAAGUGGCACCUCAGCAACGUGCAGACCUGGUGCAGCGCCGCGCUCACCGACGAGAACACCUGCCUCGACGGCCUCUCCUCCCGCGGCGUCGACGCCGCCACGCGCGCCGCCAUCCGAGGCAAGGUCGUCGAGGUCGCGCAGGUCACCAGCAACGCGCUCGCACUCGUCAACAAGGUCGGGCCUGGGUACUAG